CAUUGGGGUCACUGGUUUGGGGUCCUGCAGGUGACGGAGCCCCCAUUGAUUUCAUCACCGUCGAUGAUGUCACUGAUGACAUCACUGAUGAUGUCACUGAGGCCACCAGGACCAGGAGCACCAGUAACACCAGUAACACCAGUACCACCAGUAACACCAGUGCCUCCAGUGCCUUCAGUGCCACCAGUAGGACCAGUGGCACCACUGGGACCGGGAACACCAGUGGCACCAGUCUGACCAGUUCCACCAGUGCUCCCAGUGCCGCCACUGGGAGCGGGGACAGCAGGGCCAUCGCCGGGACUGGGGACACCAGUUCAACCAGUUCAACCAGUUCCACCAGUUCCACCAGUGGCACCAGUUCCACCAGUGGCACCAGUAUCACCAGUACCACCAGUGACUCCAGUUCCACCAGCUCCACCGGUGACUCCAGUGCUCCCAGUGCUCCCAGUUCCACCAGUGGUGCCUCUCCCAGUGCUCCCAGUUUGGUUCUGGAGUCCCUGCUGGGCCCGGGGGUGUCCCCCCGUGGUCUGGGCCCCCCGUUCCGGGUGCGGCUCCCGGGGCGUGUCCCGGCGCCGGGGGCGGAGUCUGUGGCGGCGAAGGGGGCGGGGCUUUGGCCGUGGGUGGGGCGCGGCCCCCCGGCCCCGCCCGGUCCCCCCGCCCUGUCCCCGGGGGAGGAGCUUGUGGCGGGCGUGGCCAUGGGCGUGGCCGUGGCAGCGGGGGCGGGGCUGGGGGUGGGGGCGGCAGCCGUGGACCCCCGGAGUGGGCGGGUCCUGGGGGUGGGGCGGGACCGGCGGGGGGAGGGGCACCCGCUGCGCCACGCCGCCAUCGACCUCAUCGCACGCGUGGCCAGGGAGCAGCGCCGGGACGGCAGCGAGGGGGGCGGGGACGCCAGUGACGUCAUCAAGGGGGGCGGGGACGGCG